AUGUUAAAGUUAUUCAUAACAAUUAUAUUUACACUUCAACUUGUUGGAGCAUUGACCAUACCAUCUGACAACAUAUUAUUUGAUGCCUUUCAAAAUUGGAUGCAAAUAUAUAAUGUACAUUAUACCAAUGGUGAAUUCCAAAGUAGAUUCAAUUCAUGGAAGGAUAAUGUACUUAAUAUUGCACAGUCCAAUGAGAGAGUAACAACAGUCGAUGUGGCAAUUGAGUAUAAAGAUACUGCAGAGUUGAGGACAAGAAGUUUGUACGAUGUCAUGCCGGUAGAGUCAUACCCAAAUGCCAACAACCUCCAACUCUCUGUGAACUCAUUCAGUGACCUCACACAUGCGGAGUUUGUUGAGUUGUACACUGGAGGCAUUCCCAACCCAGCGAUGGCAGCACCUCUCGUAGCCUCAGGUGGUCUAUCAUCAGGAGCUAUCGCAGGUAUUGUUGUUGGAUCAGCCGCAUUUGUAGCAGCUAUCAUUGGAGUGUUUUUAUUCGCCAACAGAUAUAGAGAACUUAGUAAUGCCGGGAAAGAUACUAUAGAGCACACGAUGAAGACAACGGAGGUAGUCUCUCCUCCAUUGUCAUCGGUGCAGAUAUCAAGAAGUGUAGUGGAUUCUCCUUUGUCAGAGCCUAGGUCACCAGUGACUAAUGGUAUCAACGUGUUUGACAUGACCAGAAGUCCAAGACAUUCAAUCACAGCUCGUAAUACUACAGUCGAGUUAAUAUCCCCUGAGUCUACAAUUAAG